GUGGCUAAGCUAAGAAGCUCUCCAGUCAGCUGUUAUUUCGCUGUCAGAUAGCUUGGGAUCUGGCUAUUUUAGAGGCUAAAAUAUAAUUUUAUUAAUAAUAUAAUAAAGUAGCCGAGAACUUGUUGUGCGUUUGUGACUGUCAUGUGAAGUGUUAGUUUGUAACAUGACUCAGAGCGUCAUAGGCGGAAGGUCACUGAGCAGCAGGACGGAACGGAAGCAGGAGUAAAAAGCCUAUCCGCCAUUGUGGAAUAUGGUAAGGGAUAUUCCAGUAAGGCAUUAGGCAGUUUCACACUGACUGUAGAUCAUUUGUGGCAGGAACGGACGCAAUAAUUGACGCCUUGUCCACGGACACAAAGUCUUCGUCUGUAGCAGCCAGAAGAGGCAGGUCGUCGUCAGGUCUAAGAACAGCAGGAAAACGCCGCCUUGUAACGUUUACAGAGUGACUGGACAAGCAGAGACGAACCAGGAAAGCGCAGAAGUACAGAGACAGUCAGGGGGGAAGCCGUGGACAGUCUCACAAACAGCAAUCAGUUUCGGUUCCUGGAGGAUGUCUGCGACCACAGUCGAUCAGAGACCUAAAGGACAAGGAAAUAAAGUGCAAAACGGAUCAAUGCAUCAAAAAGAUGGUGUGAAUGAUGAUGAUUUUGAGCCUUAUCUAAGCGGCCAGACAAAUCAGAGUAACAGCUAUCCACCAAUGUCUGAUCCCUACAUGCCCAGCUACUAUGCUCCAUCCAUUGGUUUCCCUUAUUCUCUGGGAGAAGCUGCCUGGUCCACAGCUGGAGACCCACCUAUGCCCUACCUAACUACCUAUGGACAGAUGAGCAAUGGCGAACCACACUUUAUCCCUGACGGUGUUUUCAGCCAGCCAGGUGCCCUGGGCAACACCCCUCCCUUCCUUGGCCAGCAUGGCUUUAACUUCUUUCCUGGUAAUGCAGACUUUUCUACCUGGGGCACCAGUGUCUCUCAGGGUCAGUCAACGCAGAGCUCAGUCUACAGUAACAGCUAUGGCUACGCCCCCAGCUCGCUGGGUCGGGCUAUUGCAGAUGGACAGGCGGGCUUUGGAAGUGACACUCAGCUCAGUAAGGUCCCGAUGCUGAGUAGCAUUGAGCAGGGUAUGACAGGGCUAAAACUGGGUACAGACAUGGUGGCAGCUGUUACCAAAACCGUGGGUUCACCCUUAGGAGGUACAGCAGGUAUGAGCAGUAUGGCAGCCAAUAAUCUUCCUCCGUCUGUCAGCUCGUCUGCACCUAAACCUGCCUCCUGGGCAGCAAUUGCCAAGAAACCGGCCAAGCCUCAGCCCAAGGUCAAACCCAAAGCCAACAUGGGGAUGGGAGGAGGUAUCGCAAUCCCCCCACCCCCCAUAAAGCACAAUAUGAACAUUGGUACUUGGGACGAUAAGGGCUCUCUCAACAAGCCCCCAUUAGCUCAAACUAUGAUGCCCCCUCAACCUUUGGUGCAGCAGCCUCUCUUAGCUCAGCCCCAACCCUUACUUCAGAACCCCUUAUCCCAUCAACCUCCACACCAACCCCAGCAUCAACCCCAGCCCUUCCAACUCCAGUCUCUCCAGUCCCCCCAACACCCACAUCCUCUGCCGCCUGGCCAUCCACACCUGCAUCUUUCUUCCCAACCUGGUCCCCCACAGCCUCUCCAUCAGCAACAACCCCCGCAGCCUGGCCCGCCCCCCAACCGUUGGGUGGCUCCCAGGAACCGGGGUGAUGGCUUUGGUCUGGGUGGCUCUGUCCCACUGAGUGCCUCCCCUUGCUCUGGAGAAGUGCACCCUGUGCUGGAGAAACUCCGUGCCCUCAACAACUACAACCCCAAAGACUUUGACUGGAACUUGAAAAACGGACGUGUUUUCAUUAUCAAGAGCUAUUCAGAAGAUGACAUCCACCGCUCAAUCAAGUACUCUAUCUGGUGCAGUACAGAACAUGGCAACAAGCGCCUGGAUAGUGCUUAUCGCUCAAUGGGCAAUAAGGGGCCAUUGUACCUCUUGUUCAGUGUCAACGGCAGUGGGCACUUCUGUGGCGUAGCCGAGAUGCGCUCACCUGUGGACUACAAUGCCUAUGCGGGUGUCUGGUCUCAGGACAAAUGGAAGGGCAAGUUUGAGGUGAAGUGGAUUUUCAUCAAAGACGUGCCCAACAACCAGUUGCGUCACAUCCGGCUGGAGAACAAUGACAACAAGCCAGUGACCAACUCCAGGGACACUCAGGAAGUGCCUCUGGAGAAGGCCAAACAAGUGCUUAAAGUUAUCGCCACUUACAAGCAUACCACCUCAAUCUUUGAUGACUUUGCACAUUAUGAGAAACGUCAGGAAGAGGAGGAGACUCUGAGGAAGGAGCGCAGUAGAAAUAAACAGUAACCUUCAAGCAAGCUCUACUAGAACUGCAACACUAAUGAGGUUGGACCGUAAAUCAAAUUUGCCUAACCACAAGGAGGAAAGGCUCUCACAAUCUGUCUGCUGAAGAUGACAAUGUAUCUGAACACUUGAACAUAAUAAUAGGUGGACUCAUCUAUAUUUGCUGACUGGUACAUCAAACCCCGUGUUCCUGUCUCACAAGAAAAAGAGCAUAACCCACUUUAAAACAGUCUUUAAAGCACUUUCAGUCCUUUCUUAACGGUCUCUGCCAAUACCCUUAACUCUCUAACUCUCUUUGAUUUAGUUUAUGAGCAACUAACUGAUUAACCUGCGUAGUCAGAAAAGUUCACUGAGCUUAUUUGUAAUUUUUUUUUUCAUGGUUCACAUGUUUGGGAUAUCUCUGAGCUUCAUCAAGCCCUGAACAGAAUGAAAUAUAGAUAAAUUAAUGUUGUACUUGAAUCUGUAUUCAGCCGUCUGAUCAUUCCAGACAGGCUGUGGAUGAUUGACAGGUGGGACGGAAUAAUUGGGAAACGGCCACAAUCAUGCCAUUCAUAAGAUUUAUCCUCCUACCUAUUUCCUUUUUGCUUUUUUGCAUCUGUUUCAGUGUACAAAAAGAUUAUAAUUAUGUAGCAGGCUGGUGACCACCAACUUGUGCACAUCUUUGUUUUUUUUUGUUUUUUUUUUCUCCCCUUCUCUACUCUCGUGAUUCUGUCAUUUUGAAGUGCAUUUUUCUGAGGAGAAACCUGCUGCUCUGAUAGAACCAGCGGUGCCCUCCACUGGCCCUGCUGGUGACUGUCUUUGCUCUGAUUUACUGAAAUCAUACCUCAGGCUCAAUCUGACUGUCUGUCCUCAACAACUUUUCUUUUCACCUUUGGGAGAACCUCGCCAUCACCCCACCAAAUUGACGUGACUGAGAUUUCUCCCCAAAAGGCGAACCAUCAUCCUCAAGGAUGUGACAGUUUUCUCCUCUUGGUAACUCACUUAGCUAAAUAAAAAUGACUCAUGUUUA